CAACCGACACGUCGGCAGUAACAACAACAACAAGACCAUCAACAACAGCAACAUCGACACGGACACGACAUUGCAUUGUAUCGACGACAACAUCAGUGACAGCGGCAACGCGCCGAACGCCCACCUCCCCUCCCCCGUCCUCCUCCAUCACACUCGGCACCACCCACCACAAUGUCCGCAACGACGUUCCGCAACGCCGACAACCCGCACCAGCCCGGGCCGCUCGCCGCCCUCCUCAAGUCGUACACGUCGUCGCACCCGCUGCGCUCGCCGUCGCCGCUGCCAGCGAGCUCGCGGCACAACCCCAAGGUCGCGCAGCGGCAGGCGCCACCGACCUCGGCUUCCCCCUUGCUCUGGACGCUGCCGACAUGGAUCGCGUUCGUCCAGUUCAUCGCCGCAAAGGGGCUGUACAUCUUCUGGAGCCUGCUCAAGCACUUUUUGUUCGGACCACAGCGCAAGAGCUGGGGAUACCGCAUGACCUUUAUCACGUCCUUUAUGCGCAACGUUGCCAACUAUACCGACUUUGCCGACCUCAACCUCAUCCGCCGCCUCAUCUCCAUCACCUAUCUCAUUCCUCUGCCGGCCGACGCGGUAGUGACGCCGAUUACGUUCCUCGUGCCGAAGAGAAAGGCGGCUGACGCCUGCCGCGGUUUCUUGAGAGACCUCGACCUCGAGGAGUCGGGCACACGCGAGCUCAAGGGCGAGUGGGUCGUCGGCAUUGACGUGUGGAAGCGCCUCAAGUCGGAGCGGAGGGCAAAGUGGCAUGCCGAGAUGAAGCGGAGGUCGCUGCCCGGCCCAUCGCGUCUGCGCGGGAGCGGCGAGAGCGCAAUCGGCUCCAACCCCGCUUCGCCAGUCACGGCACGCUCGCAUCGCCGCCGGGACUCGGACAGCGUCAACGGUAAUGGGAGUAGCAACGGGAAUGGCGAGGCACACGGCUCGAGCAACGGCCGCUCGACCCCCGAGCCCGAGCUCGAGGGCGAGGAGGCCGCACCGACGGGCCGCCGCGAGCGCGUCAUCUACUACAUCCACGGCGGCGCAUACUACGUUGGCAAUGCUGCCACCCACAGACUUGUGACUGUCGGCGUGAGCAAGGCGUGCAACGCGCGCGUGUUUGCAAUCACGUACCGGCUGGCACCCGAGGCGGCGUUCCCUCUCCCGCUCCACGACGUCCUUCACGGCUACCUCCGCCUCCUCGCCCCGCCGCUGUCCAUCCCACCAGAGAGUAUUGUCAUCGCUGGCGACAGCGCGGGUGGCGGCCUCUCUCUCGCGCUGUGCAUGUACCUUCGCGACAACGGGUACCAGCUGCCUUCGGGCCUUGUCCUCAUGUCCCCCUGGGUCGACCUCACCAUGUCGUGCGGUUCGUGGGACGACAAUGCCGACUCGGACGUCGUCCCGCGACCCGCGCCAGACGACCACCUCAACCCCGUGGGAUCGUACCUCGGCCCCGAUGGCGUGGAGCGGUACAUUACACACCCAUACGCGUCCCCACUGUUUGGCGAUCUGAGCAACCUGCCACCAAUGCUCAUCCAGAGUGGCGACUCGGAAGUGCUGCGUGACGAGGUCACGUUGUUGGCGCACAAGGCGACCAUGUCCGGCGUCCAGGUCACGCACGAGCUCUACCAGGACAUGGUGCACGUUUUCCAAAUGUUCACGUGGCUCCCGGCCACCCACGCUGCCAUCAACAGCAUUGGCCGGUGGGUGCGCCAGACGCUGCCCCGCAUCGAGUGGGAGCAGCGCCAGGCAGAGGCUGAGAUCGCCGAGGGCGUCGAGGACAACUCGCCCACACCGACGGUCCCGUCCGACGCUGCGCCCGCGUCUACCGAGUCGGGUGCGGAACCUCCACCUGUGCCGUCGCCCGAGACGGUGCCCCAGCAGCUGCCCCGUACCCCGGGUACUCGUACCCCAAGGCGCACACCACACGUCCCCACGCUGGACAUGGACACGCUCCAGCGUGUGCCCAGCUACUCGCGCCAGCCGAGCUACACAGGCCGGAGGACACCAGGAGUGCAGCACAUCGACCUGUCGGGUCUGCCCGCGACCGUGUCGCCCGCACGCGCACACCGCUCGUACACGAACCUGUACCCGUUCUCGCCGAGCCACCAGGACCACGAGCACGACCCCUUCCUCGCGAACAAUGUGCCAGCUCCGCGCCUGCGCCGGGCCAACACGACGCAGCCACAGCACACGCGCAGCGCGUCGGGCGGCGGCUCGUCCCCAACGCAGCAGCAGCAGCAGCAGUCGGGGUCAUCGCCGCUGGCCACGAUGCGGCGCAGACGCCAGACGACGGCCAGUUUGUCCAUGGCGCCGCAGUCGGAUGCCGCCUCGCCAGCUGGCUCGCCUCACCUCCAUCCCACGUCGCCAUCUGGUGGCCACCGUCGCCUGCGUGCCCCAACUCUAAGCUAUCCCUCGACGCCGACGACACGCACGCGGUCCGUGUCGCAUCUGGAUAUCCUCCAGCUCGUCGACGACUAUGUCGGGAGCGGCGCAGCCAACGAGACGGUCGUGUACACGCCAGGCGGCGAGAUCCGCAGCGUUUGCGUGCUGGGCGACGACGAUGACGAGCAGGAGGAGCUUAUGAGUUAGGCGCGGGGCCGUUGCCGACGAGGGAGGGCUGCCGAGGAUCAAACCCACACACACACACACAUGACCUGUUGUACACUGUAAGAUGAUGCUAGGGAAGUAGUGC